UGCCCGGCGGCCCGGCUGCGGGGAGAUGCGUGCCUGGGACGACCUUUACCCGCUCCCAGUGCCGCCCUCCUGGGUGCCGGGGGCUGCCGUCGGGAUUCUCUCCUUGCACUUCAUCCAGAAGCUCCUCUUCCCGUACUUCUGGGCCGACCUGAGGUACCUGCUCAAAGUGGUGACCUAUGGGCUGAGGGUGGAGGUGUACCGGCUGCAAGGGAGGGUUGUCACCGUCCUGGACAAGUUUGUGAAGCUGGCAGAGAAGCAGCCCCACAAGCCGUUCCUCAUCUACGAAGGGACAGUUCACUCCUACCAGGAUGUGGACCGGAGGAGUAACAGGAUAGCACAGGUCUUCCUGCAGCACGAGGCUCUGAAGAAGGGAGACACCGUGGCCUUGCUGAUGGGCAACGAGCCGGACUUCAUCCACGUGUGGUUCGGACUGGCCAAGCUGGGCUGUGUGGUGGCAUUCCUCAACUUCAAUGUCCGCCUCAGAUCUCUCCUGCACUGUGUCAGUAGCUGUGAGCCCAAGAUACUGGUUGUGGGAGCAGAUUUGCUUGGGACACUGGAGGAAAUUCUUCCUAACCUUCAAAAAGAUGUCAGCGUCUGGAUAAUGACCAAAGACUCCACUCUUCCAAGUGUGCACACCCUUUUAGACAAAAUAGAAGCUGCAUCUGAAGACCCUGUUCCAGUUAAUCGAUGCUCUGCCAGCAGCCUCAAAUCAGCUGUUUUAUAUAUAUUUACUUCGGGAACAACAGGUCUUCCAAAGGCUGCAGUCAUCAGUCACAUGCAGGUUCUUAAAGGAGCUGCUGGACUGUGGGCUUUUGGUGCUACUGCAGAAGACAUAAUUUAUAUUACUCUGCCUCUUUAUCACAGUGCAGCAUCUCUUCUUGGCAUCGGGGGAUGCAUUGAACUGGGUGCAACCUGUGUGUUGAAAAAGAAGUUUUCAGCCAGUCAGUUUUGGAGUGACUGCAGAAAGUACAACGUGACUGUCAUCCAGUACAUUGGAGAACUUUGCCGUUACCUUUGCAAUCAGCCAGUGAAGGAAGGAGAAAAAAAUCACAAAGUCCGACUAGCAGUUGGAAAUGGAGUAAGAAAUGAUGUAUGGAGGGAAUUUUUAGACAGAUUUGGUGCUGUUAAGAUCUGUGAGUUUUAUGGUGCUACUGAAGGAAACAUUUGUUUCAUGAACCACACCGGAAAAAUUGGAUCUGUUGGACGCACCAAUUUCUUUUAUAAGCUUUUUUUCCCAUUUGAUUUAAUCAAGUAUGAUUUCCAAAAAGAUGAACCAAUUAGAAAUAAGCAUGGUUGGUGUGAAAAAGUUAAGAAAGGUGAGGCUGGUCUUCUCAUUUCCAAAGUCAAUGCGAAGAACCCCUUCUUUGGUUACGCUGGCAAUAAGAGACACACAGAAAAGAAAUUACUCUGUGAUGUAUUUAAGAAGGGAGAUCUUUAUUUUAAUACUGGAGACCUAAUGGUUCAAGAUCAUGACAAUUUUCUAUAUUUUUGGGACAGGAUUGGAGAUACCUUCAGGUGGAAAGGGGAGAACGUUGCAACUACAGAAGUUUCUGAUGUCCUUGUGAUGCUGGACUUCAUACAAGAAGCAAAUGUGUAUGGUGUGCCUGUGCCAGAUCAUGAAGGAAAAGCAGGAAUGGCCUCUGUUAUUUUAAAGCAGAAUACAUCAUUAGACCUGGAGCAAACGUAUAAGCAAGUAGUGACUUAUCUACCGAGUUAUGCUUGUCCCCUUUUCUUAAGAGUCCAGGAAAAAAUGGAAAUGACUGGAACAUUCAAACAACAAAAAUUUCGCCUUGUGGAUGAAGGUUUUAAUCCAUCUACAAUUACUGAUCCUCUUUAUUUUUUAGAUAAUUCUAAGAAAGCAUAUGUCUUGUUAACCAAAGAAGUACAUGAGAUGAUCUUAUCUGGGAAAAUGAAGCUUUAAUUAACCAAAUAAUAGGCUCUUAAGUAUCAGUCCAUAGGACCUAUUGUAUGAGAAAACAAUAAAAGUAAUUACCAGUAUUUAUACAUAGUUAUCUCCAGAAUAAUGUUUUAUAUAUUUGGUAUUUACAUUCAGAUAUAUCUUAUAUCUUUACUUACUUUAUCAUUAUUUUUAUUGAUCACUUUUUACCUCUUGAGACAAAUUUCUAAGUAAAUAACCUGUAAAACAUGAUUGAAAUCUAUUUUAUCUUAACUUUGGAAUAUAAAUGCUGAAUCUGAUACUUUUUCUUAGUACUAAAUGAACAUGAAUGAUAAAAAAUGAUAAAAAAAUAUUCAAUAUAUAAAGAUAUUGUGUCACACAUUGUGUCUAAAAAGAAAAAAUACGCGAGUAACAUCUUUUUUUAUGCAGUUUAUAUUUUAUAUGUACUUCUCAAUAUGUAUUUCAAGAAGUAAAAAUUCCACAGUGGCUGGAAGAAAAAAACAACUCUUCUGCAGAGACUUUCCUGAUGGAAUGUAAGAUGAAAGAAACUGAAGCAGAAGAAAGCUCUCCAAACAAAGCCAAAUACUAACAUCACUGCUGAGAUUUUUUUUUUUUGGUCAUAAUCCACCCUCUUUUGUUUGUUAAACUGGCUGUUUGGACUGUCAAAUUCUGAAGACAAAGCAAACUUUUGCAAAAUGUUUAUCAGCAGAUGAACAAUAGGCAGAGAAAAUCUGCCUACUUAAUGGGGAAAAUUGUUCAUAUAGCGUAAAAAGAAUUAUUGCAGGACUUUGUCAUGCAUACUGACUAAGAAAUAGCUUCCUUACUCUUAUUAAUGACUGUUAUAGAUCAUUAUUUAAUAAAUAUAAAAUAUAGUAGAAAAUUUAAAAUUCUAAAUUGUGUGUCCUAAUAAUUGCUUUUUAUGAC